GAAUUUCCAGUUAUCAGCUGUCAUCUCAGUCAUCAAUGAAGAAGUUAUUGCUGCCCUAAGACUUUUACGAGAUGAUUCUUGUAUUGCAACGUACAUAUUUCUGUUAAUGCAUUCCAACUGGCGUCGACAUUGUAUUGCAGAUAUAUGGUAUCAUUGACAGAUAUAUUGUAGAAAGCAACCAUGGAAAUUGAUGUUUGGAAACAAAUUCCUGACCAUAUAAUUGUCAAUGUACUUGGUUAUCUUAGUCUAAGUGAACGAUACCAUGCUUCUUUGGUAUGUAAAUCUUGGCAGCAAUGUUUUCAUUCACAGUAUUUAUGGCGGACAUUUGAGUUCAAUUUAAAUAAAGACAAUGCAGAAUUUAGAAACUUUGCAGACUGUGUUGUCCAACAUGGACGUCAUUUCCGUGAUGUGUCAAUCUACCUUUAUCAAAAAGAUGCUGAAAAGAGAAAAUGUGCUGUUGAAAUCAUUAAUUUACUUUGCAAAGUCAGACAGGGUAAAUUACAUAAAUUUGGGAUCUAUUUUACUGGAGAGAAUCCACUUUUCUAUGCAGGAUUAGAAUUUGUAGAAGCUUUGAAAACCUUUUUUGGAUCUAUCCCAGACGAACUGUCCCCUAGGCAUAGUCUUGUAGAAGUGAACCUAAGUGGUUUACAGGCUGCUUUUGAUGACAGUUUGAUUGAUGAACUUUCUAAAAACCAUCCAGAAAUUGAGUAUCUCAAUCUUUUUAAUAGAAUUCUGGUUUGCAAAGUAACACCUGAUUGCAUUUUGCGUCUGGUCAAAAGAUGUCAAAAGUUACGAGAUUUGCGAGUAUAUCACACAAGUCUAUCAGAUGAAAUCUUAGAAACCUUAGCAGAAGAUGACAGAAGUCCAAUACAAUAUAUUGCUAUUGGGUGCAGAAGAGAAUUGAAAUAUGAAAGCGAUCUAACUUCAGAUGCUUGGGCUAAGCUGGUAGCAAAAAUUCCAGAAUUUAGAGUGUCAUUGCAUUUUGACCACACAGUACCUCAAGUGAAAGUAGCAGAUGUAUUAAAACCAGAAAUACCACUGAAACAACUUAGAUUGGAAACUUUCACAAUUUUGAUCGACGAGAUAAAAAAUGUUUCCAGGUUUUAUUGUAACACACUGGAAACCUUGGUGCUCCAAACACGAAAUUCAUAUGAGUUAGGUGUAGCUUUGCUAGACUUAGCACAUACUUGUAAACAGUUGACCUGUUUGAAGAUAUAUUGUAUUCUUGACAAAGAAGUUGUUCAGGGAAUACAUGCAGAGUUGCCACAACUGAGAGAAAAAGGAAAUUAUAUAUUGAAGAGUGAAAUGGAACCAGAACCAUGGAUGAUCCCUACAAGAAAGAGCCUACUGACUGUACAACAGGAAUUUCCUUUCAAAUGAUAUAUGCCUGUGCAAAAGCAAAUUUAAUUUAUGCCUUAAUUGAUACAAUAUUUAUUAAUAUAUUAGCUCAGCAUGUUUGCACGUUGCCUUGUUUUUGUUGUUAUUUGUAUACUGUUAUGUAAGUAGCAAAAUCUUUUAUAUAUGUAUUUUAAUGUGGCCAUAUCUUUAUGCAAAGAUAUAAAUGAAGAAUUCAUCAAUAGUUAGUGUUUUGCAAUUGUUUAGUUAAUUUUUACCCAAAAUGUUGAUUUAAGAUAUUAUUUUUAUAAAAAUAAUUAUUUUUUAACUCUUGUAAUUAUAUAUUGUCAGGUACAUGAACUUAGAAUGUAGGAGAGAUUUUUUUUAGACAAUGUACAAAUAAUAUUACCGUACAUGUAUGUACAUAAUGCUUAUAUUUUGUAGUUUCUGUUAAUUUUUUCUUAUAGCCUUCCCUUCAGAGCAUGUUUAUAUAAUUGCUGACAGGUUAAAGGUUUUGUUAAAGCGGAUAUUUAUCCAUGUUGUCUAUUAGGAAGAAAAAAAAAAUUAUAGAUAAUUUAAACAUAUCAUAUUACAUUUUUAUCUUAUACAUGAUAGGGUAUGUUUCCUAGUUUCAAUUUGAUUUUUCAUGGGCUUUUAGUCAGAACAUGUUUUUAUAUAUAGGUGACAGGUAAACUAAGUAAUGUUGGGUAGACAAAUACCGGUAAUAUAACUGUUGGAAGGGAAAAAAGAGAUCAGUAAACUUGCACAUUUUGUAUAAAAUAUAUAUUUUAUAUAAUGCCAAGUUUGAGUUUAAUUUUUAAUGGGCUUCCAGUUAGGUCAUGUUAAUUUUUAUAUAUUCCCUGACCUUUAAAAAAUGGCAGGACAUAUUGCUUAACAAUAAAUGGACAGGACAUAUUGUUUAACAAUAAAUGGGCAGGACAUAUCAUUUCAUUAAUGCUAAAUAUUUGGUUCUUCCUUAACAUGCUUAACUACAUUUUGUGCAAUAGUUGUAUUACUUUUCUUUUGCCUGGUCUAUUAAUAAUAAGGUUGUUUUAGUAUGCAAUUGAACAGUGGCAAUGAUACAUCAUAGAUCUAGUUGAAGUGUAGUAAGAACUAAACCAGUUUUAUGAAUAGCUAGGCUUUGUCCUUGUGAGGGGACUGGCUACCUUUACUUUGGUGGAUAUUUGUCUCUUAAGCAAUCAUACCACAUUUCCUAUUUUAUAUUGAUUUUUGAACAUUAAUCAAUUUAAUUGUUACAUGGAAUUGCUGAGAUACUAAAAAUGACCCCACCCCCAAAAAAAUAAAUAGUAAUAACAAAUUUUUAAUGCAAGAUUUAUCAUUACUUACUGUGACUUGACUGUUAGUGUUGCUCUCCACCUAUUGCAACUUAUUCAAAAUUCUGACCAAAUUGCAAUUUGUUUUAUAAAAACCAAACUGUUCAA